AAUUGCUCGUUGCGCUUCUCAAACCGCUCCAUGUUUGGCGUUCAGGAAAGUGCUCCUAAUUACUUUAUGUGGAACAAAAAGAACGUAUCGGAUGUAGAUGGGUAUAGUUUAGUCCUCAAGAACCUAUUAAGUGGCAUGAUAAGUGAUGCUGCAUCAGGAGUUUCUCUCAAGUUUGCGACGAGGACCUCAGUCGCCCCCGCCUUUAGCAGUGCACUCCCGAUUUAUCGGAGCAAGACUGCCGUGAUUGUUUAGAUUUGAUUUAUGCCCAAAUUCCACUUUUUGGUCUUGGACAGGCAGGUGCGAGAGCAUAUACGCCUAGCUGUAAUUUCAGGUUUGAGACAUACCCUUUCUUCGAUGUCGCAGCUGUUGUGCAGUCGCCGCAUCUCCCACCGGUGCUGCCUCCUCCGUUGAUAAAAGUACACACACAAGCUACUUUUCCAGCAAGCCAUCUCAUCGUUUGCAAUAAAACUUCAAGGCUGAAAUCGAUUCAUACGACGAACAGACAUGUUAAUGGUUUCCUCAGGAAUACUUUUCUCCCUGUUCUUGAUUUUUGUACUAGUUUAUCAGGCCACAACCCAGCCAAGUUUCAUAUACCAUUACUGUUCAAACAACACUGGUAAAUAUACCAGUAAGAGUACAUACAAGGCGAGCCUCGACUACGUCCUCGCCAAUUUCUCCUCUAACACUGGUAUUGACGGCGGGUUUGACAGUUAUUCUUAUGGACAAGACCCUGACAAAGCUUAUGCGAUCGGAUUCUGUAGAGGAGAUCUCGAGCCAGACGUUUGCCUUAGUUGCCUCAAUGAUUCUAGAAUUGCUCUCACACAACUUUGUCCAAAUCAAAAGGAGGCAAUAGGAUGGUACGACAAUUGCUCGUUGCGCUUCUCAAACCGCUCCAUGUUUGGCGUUCAGGAAAGUGCUCCUAAUUACUUUAUGUGGAACAAAAAGGACGUAUCGGAUGUAGAUGGGUAUAGGGUGGUCCUCACGAACCUAUUAAGUGGCAUGAUAAGUGAUGCUGCAUCAGGAGUUUCUCUCAAGUUUGCGACGAGGACCUCAGUCGCCCCCGACUUUAGCAAAAUAUAUGUUCUUGCGCAGUGCACUCCCAAUUUAUCGGAGCAAGACUGCCGUGAUUGUUUAGAUUUGAUUUAUGCCCAAAUUCCACUUUCUGGUCUUGCAGGUGCGAGAGCAUAUACGCCUAGCUGUAAUUUCAGGUUUGAGACAUACCCUUUCUUCGAUGUCGCAGCUGUUGUGCAGUCGCCGCAUCUCCCACCGGUGCUGCCUCCUCCGUUGAUAAAAGGAACUAAGAGAAACACCACAACUCGAACUGCCAUCGUCAUUGUUGUGCCCACUCUUGUUGUUAUCAUACUGGUCGUCGGUAUUAUUUAUUUAUUUUUAAGAGUGAGGAAGCGCAAGGACCAUUUGGAAACCAUGGAUGAAAUGGGAAACGUGGAAUCCUUGCAAUUUGAUUUCGACGUUAUUAGAGCUGCCACAGGCGACUUUUCUGAUGCAAAUAAGCUUGGAAAAGGAGGAUUUGGGCCCGUUUAUAAGGGUAAGCUUUCCAAUGGACAAGAUAUAGCAGUAAAAAGACUAUCAAAAAACUCUAGACAAGGAGAUUCGGAAUUUAUGAAUGAGGUUGUAUCAGUGGCCAAGCUCCAACACCGGAAUUUAGUAAGGCUCCUUGGAUUUUUCUUAGAAGGGAAUGAACGACUUCUUGUGUAUGAGUUCGUGCCUAACAGAAGCCUUGAUCAAUAUAUAUUCGAUCCCAAGAAGAGUGCAAAUCUAGAUUGGGAGAGUCGAUAUAAAAUUAUAAAAGGAAUUGCUCGAGGGUUAUUAUACCUUCAUGAGGAUUCUCGACUUCGGAUUAUUCAUCGUAAUCUCAAAGCUGCUAACAUUCUAUUAGAUAUAGAAAUGAAUCCUAAGAUUUUAGAUUUUGGCAUGGCAAGGAUGUGUGUACUGGAUCAAACUGAAGGCAAUACAAAUAGAGUUGUGGGAACCUAUGGAUAUAUGGCACCGGAAUAUGCAAUGCUUGGGCAAUUCUCGAUCAAGUCAGAUGUCUUUAGUUUUGGUGUGAUGAUGCUGGAGAUUGUAAGUGGUCACAAAAUUACUUCUUUCCGUGAAGGGGAGAACAAAGAGUACCUUCUAAGCUAUGCUUGGAAAAACUGGAGAGAGGGGACAGCUGUGAAUCUCAUCGAUCUCACAUUGAGGAGUGGUCCACUGAGCGAAAUGAUACGAUGUAUUCACAUUGGGUUGCUAUGUGUUGAAGCAAAUGUUGCCGACAGACUAGACAUGGCUUCAGUUGUUCUCCUGCUUAAUAGCAAUUCCAUUGCUCUCCCUUUGCCCACACAACCAGCAAGUUUUGUGCAAUAUGGGGUUCCAUUAGCCACAUCAAUGAAACUGGACACUGAUUGCAAGCCGGUGAGUCAAUACGAAGUUUCGAUUACCGAGUUAGAUCCUAGGUAGUGUUUUGUAAGUGUGAACACGGUGUACGUGUGUUUGUGCAAAUUUCACUUGGUAUUAUAUAUUUCAUUCAAUGCUUUAAAGUUAAUUUGUAAUCUUCUCUGACUCUUUGAUUCAAUAGCUAUGAUUCAUCUGAUUUGCUUGCACCAA